GCUGCUGCCAAAGCGCCCGGAGCCACCAAGCAGCCUCCUCUCUCCCUCUCUCUGUCUCUCCCCCACUCCCGAUUGGUGCGCUCCAUCGCUGCGCCCCCUCCGAGCCGUUGCUCCCGCUCCCCGGGGGCUGCGGCGCGCAGCGAGUUAGCGAGCGAGCCGGGGCAGCUGCGCCUUGGGGCCGCCGCGUCCUGGUGGCGGAGCUGCAGCCGAUUUCAAAAGCUGCGCGCUGGCCGCGGAGGAGGCGGGGAAGGCAGGCGGGCGGGCAGCAGCAGCAGCAGCAGCAGCAGGGCUCCCCUCGGCGCUCCUUUCUGCAUGGGCUGCCCUGCGCCCGCGGUGGGCGGUGCAGGCGGGGGAUGCCAAUCCCCAUGACCAUCUCCCCGAACAUGUGGCGGAGGAGACGGGAUCUCCCGCUGCACGUGUCUGCUGCUGCUGCUGGAGGCGGCAGCGGCGGUGGCCGCGACAGGUAAACCGACCGCACCCCCACCCACCGCGCACUCCUGGCCGCCCCCUUCCCAGAUGUACCGAGGCGAGAGGAAGAAUCCAUGGAUUGCCUCCUGCUUUUCCUGUGGACUUUGCCCGUGGCGAUCGGCAACGCCACCCCGAUGCACUCGCUCACCAUCCUCUGGCUCGGCAGCAUUGCAAAGAGUCUGCAGCUGUGCUGCCUCUGUUGCGUGUCCUUGGCGGCCGCGUUAACCGGUGACAGCGGCGGCAUCGGCGGAUUUAACCACGAUUACAUCUUUGUCACCCCUGUUGAAGUGGACUCCAGUGGAUCGUACAUCACGCAUGAUGUUUUGCGCAGUGCUAGAAGGAAACGAUCAACCGCGAGCUCCAAGAGUUCCUUGCACUAUAAAUUUUCAGCAUUUGGACAGGAACUUCUCUUGGACCUCCAGCUUUCGGCCUUUUUUGGCAAUGGUUUCACUGUCCAGGUGCUUGGGGAAGAUGGCAUCGUGCAUUCUCAGGAACAUGAAGUUGAACAGUGUUUCUAUCAGGGAUUUAUAAGGAACUAUAGUUCUUCUUCAGUAGCCAUAUCUACAUGCGUAGGCUUGUCAGGUUUGAUAAGGACACGGGAGAAUGACUUCCUUAUAUCUCCAUUACCUCAACACCUAGCACAGGAACACCACUAUACGCCACCUGCCGGACACCACCCUCAUGUAUUGUACAAACGGACCGCUGAAGAGAAGGUGCACAAAGUAGAUUCCAAUCCCCAUCACUUCCCCCCUGGCCAUCACAGAAAUCACACUGCCCACAAGUCUCACGUCCAAGCUCACGGUUACCACCACGGAAGGUUUCAAAAGCAGCAUUUUUGUGGACGUCGCAAGAAAUACACACCUAAACCACCCACAGAGGACGCAUUCAUCCUGUCUGAUGAAUAUCGGAGCUUGGCAAGGCUGAAAAGAUCCCCCAUUAAAAGUCAGAAGAGUGGAAGUUUGAAUGUUGAAACUCUAGUUGUGGCAGACAGGAAAAUGCUGGAGAAGCAUAGCAAGGAGAAUGUGACUACAUACAUCUUGACAGUCAUGAACAUGGUAUCAAGUCUUUUUAAGGAUGGCACAAUUGGAAGUGACAUCAAUAUUGUAGUUGUGAGCCUUCUUCUUCUGGAACAGGAACCCGGUGGACUGAUGAUCAACCACCAUGCAGACCAGUCAUUAAACAGCUUUUGCCAGUGGCAAUCAGCUCUGGUUGGAAAGAAUGGGAAGCGUCAUGACCACGCCAUCUUGCUUACUGGAUUUGAUAUAUGCUCCUGGAAGAAUGAACCAUGCGACACUUUAGGUUUUGCUCCAAUCAGUGGAAUGUGCAGUAAAUACCGCAGUUGUACAAUCAAUGAGGACACGGGGCUUGGUUUGGCAUUUACUAUUGCCCAUGAAUCUGGACACAAUUUUGGCAUGAUUCAUGAUGGAGAAGGGAAUCCUUGCAGAAAAGCCGAAGGUAACAUUAUGUCUCCCACCCUCACGGGAAACAAUGGAGUGUUUUCGUGGUCAGUAUGCAGCCGGCAGUAUCUCAACAAAUUUCUCAGUACUGCUCAAGCAGCUUGCCUGAUAGAUGAACCCAAACAGGCCGGACAAUACAAAUACCCUGAUAAGCUCCCAGGACAGAUCUAUGAUGCUGACACUCAGUGCAAAUGGCAAUUUGGAGCAAAAGCAAAACUCUGCAAUCUGAGUUUUGUAAAGGAUAUAUGUAAAUCACUUUGGUGCCAUAAAGUAGGCCAUCGAUGUGAGACAAAGUUUAUGCCAGCCGCAGAAGGAACACCCUGUGGGAUAGGCAUGUGGUGUCGAAGAGGUCAAUGUGUACAAUAUGGAGACCAUGGUCCCAAGCCUGUUAAUGGCCAGUGGUCUAUGUGGUCUGAGUGGUCCAGUUGCUCUCGGACCUGUGGGGGUGGAGUCACGUACCAAGAGAGACACUGCAAUAAUCCAAAGCCUCAGUACGGUGGCAAAUUCUGUCAGGGCUCAAGUCGCAUUUAUCAACUUUGCAAUGUUCAACCAUGCAUGUCUAGUAGCCCUGACUUCCGUGCCCAACAGUGUGCUGAAUAUAACAGCAAACCUUUCCGUGGAUGGUACUAUAAGUGGAAGCCCUACAUGAAAGUGGAAGAGGAAGAUCGCUGCAAACUAUACUGCACUGCAGAAGACUUUGACUUUUUCUUUGCAAUGUCCAACCGAGUAAAAGAUGGAACCCCUUGCGCCCUAUACAGAGAUGAUGUGUGCAUUGAUGGGAUUUGUGAACAAGUUGGGUGCGAUCGUCAGCUUGGAUCUAAAGCUGUUUUGGAUGCAUGUGGAGUUUGCAAAGGAGAUAAUUCAACAUGCAAGUUCUUCUCUGGCCAUUAUUUGACCCAACAUAGAACUAAUGAUUAUUACCCCAUUGUUACGAUUCCAGCAGGAGCCCGCAGCAUUGAAAUCCAGGAAGUGCAGAUGUCUAGCAGCUACCUUGCAGUGCGCAACUUGAACAAAAAAUAUUACCUAACGAAAGACUGGACAAUUGAUUGGCCUGGGAAAUUCUAUUUUGCUGGGACCAUGUUUGAGUAUCAGCGCUCGUUUAGCCAUCCAGAGAGGCUUUCUGCAACUGGGCCAACUAAUGAGACACUCAUAUUUGAGAUCCUUUUACAAGGCAACAAUCCUGGCAUUGCUUGGCAAUAUACCUUCUCUAAGAUUAUAAAUGAGAACAAGAUAUUCACAAAGAGACACAGCUACUCAUGGGUAACAGUGCAGUCAGACUGCUCAGCUACGUGUGGCGGGGGGCACUUGAUAGCGAAAGCUGUAUGUUUACAAGAUCAUCGUGUCCGUGUCAAUGCCUCUUUCUGUGGCCCAAGCACAAAGCCCUUGACGGAGACAAAGAUAUGCAAUGCAAAUCCUUGCCCAGCCUAUUGGUCAGCAGGUGAAUGGAGUGUUUGCAGCCAGUCUUGUGGUGGAGGGCAACAAAGUCGUCCAAUCCAGUGUGUCCAGAAAAAGGCUUUUCAGAAGGAGGACAUUGUGGCCCAUGCUCUCUGCCCAGUAACCACACCAGCACAAAUCCAGGCAUGUAACCAUCAAGACUGUCCCCCGGAAUGGAGUCCUGGCCCGUGGUCUCAGUGUUCCAAAACUUGUGGAAGAGGACUUGCAAAACGUGAUGUCGUCUGCAAAAGUGUAGGGCCUUCCACACUGAAAAUCCUGCCGGAUAACAUGUGUAGCAGUCAAACAAAGCCCGAAAUGCAGCAGACGUGUGUGUUGGAACGGUGCCCCAAAAAUGAUCGUCUACAAUGGGUGAUUUCUGCUUGGAGUGAGUGCUCUGCCACCUGUGGCCCAGGUGUGAAGCGGCGAGAAAUGCAGUGCAGCGAGAAAAGUAUCAGUGGCAAACUGAUCACCUUCCCACAGCGCCGUUGCCGAAACCUCAUGAAGCCAAACAUCGAACUGGAGGAAGGCUGCAACAGAGGAGCAUGUUCUCUGCACCAUUUGUACCACAGGGUGCCAGGGUGGUAUUCUUCACCUUGGCAACAGUGCACGGUGACAUGCGGUGGAGGAGUGCAGACACGGACUGUCCAGUGCCUUCGUCAGGGUCAACCAGCUGUGGGCUGCCUGCCUCAACAGAAGCCCGCAAUGUCAAGAGCCUGCAAUACUAACUUCUGCCUUGCCCCUGAGAAGAAAGAUGAUCCUUCUUGUGUGGACUUCUUCACUUGGUGCCAUCUGGUCCCCCAGCAUGGUGUCUGCAAUCACAAAUUUUACGGCAAGCAAUGCUGCAAAUCGUGCACACGGAAGAACUGAUGUGAAUGGAAUCACUUCAAUGGCAAGAGCCUCCCUUGCAAGAUGGUGGCAAACUUUUCUAGAAGGUCUUCCAGAACCACGAAUGACCAAUGGAAGAGACUUGGGUAUUGUAGAACAAGAUGUUCUAUGGUACAGCUUUUAACCAAGGAUUAGUACACAAGGACUGGACUUUUUCCAAACAGGGUAUUUUUGAAUGCUAGCAGAUGGAGGCAACUCUUAGCCUUCUUUCUAUUUGUCAUUAACCCUACUCUGUUAAUGGUCAUAUCUGAUCUCCAAAGUGGAGUAGCACAGUCAGUAUGGUGCUCAUAUUCUGCUCAGUGGUAUGCACACAGAACCUGCAAAGAGGCAAUAUCAUUGUAAUACCAAGAGAUAUGUUGGCUAUUUCAAUGUUAGUUAGCAUAGCCCUUCAAAACAAGCAGAAAACAACUCCAGAGAAAUUACGUUGGUGGCUGCUGAGAUAAUGUGUUCCUGUACAUAACAUAGGCAUUAUGUUAUUCACAGUAAGCACAAUUACUGCACUAUCAAGAUAAAAGGUGCUUUUCUAUUUCACUUGCUGCUGGGAAAGCAAGGCUUAUCUCAUGGUAGAAUUUUAGUUUUAUUUUGUUCCCCAUUUCACUUUGAUUAGUAACUCAGUCAUGGUUUACUAACCACUUGAGAGGCAGGCACUCCUUGAGAUGCCCAUCCAAGAGAACAAAACAGGACUUUUCUUUAGAGCAUCUUCAUUUAGCGCAUUGCUAUGUAGUAUGAGCAGACUAGCAUUUUAUUCUUCAAGUAACUCAUGAAAGCCACACAUUUGCUGUUAGGCAUCAUUAUCAUCAGUGCUGAAACAAAUGAUCACCAGAAUCCCAGAAUCCCAUCGGCAUCCAGAAUAUGCUAAUUUAGAGUUCAGUUUUGAAGACUCACAACUUUUGGAGAACUUGCAGAAACGAGGUCUUUCACCUGCAAAACUUGAGCUUCCAGACAUUGCACCUAGAAAGAAAACUCAGCUGUUGCCAGAAAAGUAUAAAUGGUCUGCAUGAAAUUCAUAAACCAGUUUCUGGAAACUCUGAAGUUGCAAAAUUAAUCUUGGUGAAUUCAAACAGGGUUCUAAAUUAAUAUGGUUGUUUUUAGAUUAUAAAGUCAAUAGAUAAGAACAAAUUGCUUGAUUCAAUUCACUGAUUGAUGUGUCAGUACAAUACAAUGCUUUUUGCAAAUUCAGACAUUUAUUUUCUGCUUGGCACCCCACCAUUAUUCCUUCAUGUAAAAUGCCACUCUGGAGGGUUUUCUGACCUCCUGGAGCCAAUGCACAGUUUGUAAAUAGGGGAAAGCUAUUGAUGCCUUCUGCAUGAACAUGUGCCUUUGUUCAUGUGGGACCCAAGCCUAUGAUCUGUGUUAUUUGUUUCUGGGUAGCUAGCCCAGAAUAAUCAAACACCAACACAAUUAUUAUUUUUUUGCAGUGGUGCUGACAUUUGUAUGCUCAGAAUCCAAUGGAACCAGGGCACACAAUAUCUUGGAUGCCCAAACUGCAAACAUUUGGAGGACCAAGCUAUCACCUCUCUCUCUCUUUGCCAAAACUGAGACAACUAAAGAAAGAUUGUAACCUAAUGAAAUUUUCUGAGGAAUGGCUAAAAAUGACAUUUCCCUCUGUUUCCACUCAACUCCACAGUUUCAUUUGAUGAAUGUAGUUCAGUUUCACUGAUCCAAACUAAAAGUAGCCCCAUCAGCACCAAUGUAGACAGUGGUCAGUUAAAUAUAGGAGUUGCUUUUGCUAAUGCUUAAAUGAAACAAAACAAAAUACAUGUCUUCUCUGUGAUAUGCUUAAGAAAUGAUUAUUGGAACCAUAUCUUGGCUUCUAAAUUCUCCAUGUCUUGAAUAUUGAACGUUGUAAACUGAUACUUUCUAGGGGACAUUUUCCUCCCCCUGGCAAACUUGUGUUCUAAAAAUGUGUCAUUUUUUAUUAUUUGAUGUAAAAAUAUUAAUUUAUUAAUGCAUAGCUCCCCCCUCUCUUUAUUUUCUCACUUGCUUCCCAAGUAAGUGGCAGCAACAGCAAAAUAGUGUUACAUAGAAGUAUGGAUUAUGGUGUAAAAAGAAAGAAGUGCAAAGUAUAAAGUGUACUAUUUAAUUAUUUUAUAAGUUUUAUAAGAAAAAUAUUCUAACUGUUUCAUUAUGUUUGGUACACAUACACGUUUUGAAUAAAACAUGGAAGCUUGAUGUACAUUCAGA